GCCAUCUAUAUUUUUACCACACGGUUUCUAGCUUCUCAUCGGUCUAUUCUGAUGCUUUGGUCGUGUUUACUGUGACUUUAUCAUUUAUAAUAUGGCUAAUUUAGCACUUGCCGCGGCAGCUGCAGCUGCCAGAGACCCUGCAGUGGACCGCUCGUUACGUUCGGUUUUCGUGGGAAACAUCCCAUAUGAGGCUACAGAGGAGCAACUUAAAGACAUCUUCUCAGAGGUUGGACUUGUCGUCAGUUUUAGGUUGGUGUAUGACAGAGAAACCGGUAAGCCAAAGGGAUAUGGCUUUUGUGAGUAUCAGGAUCAGGAGACAGCGCUCAGUGCCAUGCGCAACCUGAAUGGCAGAGAGUUCAGUGGCAGAGCCCUCCGCGUCGACAAUGCUGCUAGUGAGAAGAAUAAAGAGGAGCUCAAAAGUUUGGGUACUGGUGCCCCAAUUAUUGAGUCCCCUUAUGGAGAUGGCUGCACACCAGAAGAAGCCCCAGAGUCCAUCAGCAGGGCAGUAGCCAGCUUGCCCCCUGAGCAGAUGUUUGAGCUUAUGAAACAGAUGAAGCUCUGUGUGCAGAACAGUCCCCAGGAGGCCAGAAACAUGCUCUUGCAGAACCCUCAGCUAGCUUAUGCCUUGCUGCAGGCUCAGGUGGUCAUGAGGAUUGUGGACCCUGAAAUCGCUCUGAAAAUGCUUCACCGUCCGGCUGUGGUUCAGCCCCUAAACCCGAGCCCUCAGCCUGGGCCAGUGCCGGUACCUAACCAGCCCCUCCCUCAGCCCAGUGUCCCUGUCUCUCAACCACAGCCAAUGCCAGGUAUGCACGUGAACGGAGCCCCUCAAAUGAUGCAGCCUCCUCAGAUGGGGGGUGGCGUACCCGGACCAAUGCCAGGACAGGGACCCAUGGGACCAGCUGGUAAGCUCAAUUGUCCUUGCAUUACUUUGGUGCUUCGUGUUCGUGUGCAUAUAUAUAGCAGUUUACCUCCCUCUACAGGUGGGAUGCAGCCUCAGAUAGGGAUCCCUCCAGGAGGCCCUGUGCCCAUGGAUAGAGGACAAGGAAACCUUCAGGACUCUUCUGUGGGAGCAGCUGGGCAGGCUGCUAUCGAGCGACCUCAAGUGCCAAUAGUAGACCCACGUGCCCCAAUGCGAGGGGCCCCACAAGGUCCUCCAGGGAUCCCACCCAGAGGCCUUCUUGGCGAUGGUCCGAACGACCCUCGAGGUGGAUCAUUGGUCAAUGUUACUGGAGACGUGGUGGAGCCAGGGCGUGGUUACAUUGGAGGCCCUCCGCAACAUCAGGGGCCGCCCAUGCAUAUGGCACCCCCAGACAUGCGUGGCCCUCAUGACAUUAGAGGAGGACCCAUGAUGGGAGAACCUAGAGGCCCUAUGAUGGAGCAGCGUGGUCCACCUAUGGAGGCAAGAGGCCGUGAUCCAAGAGCUGUUGAUGCUCGGGGUCCGAUAGCUGGCCAGAGGGUUCCUGUGGCUGGUGGAAUGCAGGGUCCUCCCCCCCACGGCAUGGGACAAAGUGCACCUCCAGCAGUGAGACCAGGUCCUACAUCAGAUGUGUCAUCACAAGACCAUGAGAAGGCUGCCUUGAUUAUGCAGGUCCUGCAGCUGACCCCAGAACAGAUCGCCAUGCUGCCACCAGAACAGAGACAGAGUAUCCUGAUACUGAAGGAGCAGAUUCAGAAGACAGCAGGCGCACCCUGAAGACUCAUCAUGCGACGAACGUACGCAUCUGAUCACGCAAACCCAUCACCUGGCUACUUUUGUAUUGGUCUGCAAGAGGUCCCCAUCUGUAACUUUUUGUUGUUUUUGUUUUCUAGUGAUAUUUUCUUAUUUUAAGUGAAAUCAGUUGUAUAUGAAUAGUAGUGAUUCACAGUUUAUUGCUAAUGAAAAAAAUAAACAACUGGAUUUUGAAAUAA